GAGUUUCCCUUGUCAACCUGAUUGCGCUUUGCGCGCAAUGUCGCGAAGAUGAGCUUCAUCAAAACAAGAGCCCAUCAACUGUCCGCCAUGGCGUCGCCAUCGUCCCCGUCGUCAGACGAGCAAGAAAACACCGCCGACGAGGGAAGACUCUGAGGACUACUGCAAGGGUGUUAUCACCCCCGUCCAGAUCGGGGAGCGCUUUAAGGAUGGAAAAUACACGGUCGUGCGAAAGCUUGGAUGGGGUCACUUCUCGACUGUCUGGCUCUCGCGGGACAAUACGGCCGGCAAGCACGUUGCGCUCAAGGUCGUUCGCUCCGCCGCCACUACACCGAAACCGCCGUCGACGAGAUCAAGCUCCUCAACAAGAUUGUCCAGGCCAAGCCCAACCACCCUGGCCGGAAGCACGUCGUCAGCCUUCUCGACUCGUUCGACCACAAGGGACCCAAUGGCACCCACGUCUGCAUGGUCUUUGAGGUCUUGGGCGAGAACCUGCUCGGCCUGAUCAAGAAGUGGAACCAUAGGGGAAUCCCCAUGCCCUUGGUCAAGCAAAUCACGAAGCAGGUCCUGCUGGGUCUCGACUACCUCCACCGCGAAUGCGGCAUCAUCCAUACCGACCUGAAGCCCGAAAACGUCUUGAUUGAGAUUGGCGACGUCGAGCAGAUUGUCAAGAAGGUCGUUAAGAGCGACACGAGCGAGAAGGAAGGCAACCGUAACGGCCGCAGGAGGAGAAGAACUCUCAUCACCGGCAGCCAACCUCUACCCUCUCCCCUCAAUGCGAGUUUCAACCAAAACAACAUGUUCCCAUCGUCCGAGUCUCACAGCAGCCUCGGGCAGAUGCUGCACGAAGGUAUGUGCGGUCGCGCAAGAAUGCAGCCCCCUCCUCGCACUCUACCCCACCUUCCAAUCAGCCCCGCGCACACCGCAUCGGUCAUCACGAUGGAGGCCUGCAACCCCCCACCUGCCCCCAUCCAUGCAUGCCAUUUGGGGAGAAAGACAUCGACUGACGAGUUGUCACAGGCAAAUCCAAAGAAAACUCGCCAAAGCGUGACAAGAGCGCCGACCAGAAGCAGCGUGAAAAGACCGCCGAUCUUCUCACCAGGGAGGUCUCUGGUAUCUCCCUCGACAAGGCGAGCAGCUCGUCGGCAUCGUCUGGCGAGAAGGCGCAAGGCGGACGAUGGCUUCACACUCGAGGUCAUCAGCGUCAAGAUUGCCGACCUCGGCAAUGCCUGCUGGGUCAACCAUCAUUUCACCAAUGAUAUUCAAACUAGGCAGUAUCGUUCCCCCGAGGUCAUUCUGGGUGCGAAAUGGGGUGCGAGCACCGAUGUCUGGAGCAUGGCUGCGAUGACAUUUGAGCUCAUCACGGGCGAUUAUCUUUUUGACCCCCAGUCCGGUACCAAGUACGGCAAAGACGACGACCACAUUGCUCAAAUAAUUGAGCUUCUCGGCCCAUUUCCGAAAUCGCUUUGCUUGUCUGGGAAGUGGUCUCAGGAGAUCUUCAAUCGCAAGGGCGAACUACGCAACAUCCACAGGCUCCGUCAUUGGGCUUUAUCCGAUGUGCUAAGAGAGAAGUACCAUUUCAAAGAAGAGGAGGCUAAGCGCAUCGCCGACUUCCUUGGCCCCAUGCUCGAGCUCGUUCCAGAAAAGCGUGCCAAUGCUGGCGGCAUGGCUGGACACGCGUGGCUCACUGACACGCUUGGCAUGAAGGGAAUUAAGGUUCAGGGCCUUGAGGUGGGAGGCCGCGGCGAAGGUAUUGAGGGCUGGGCAACAGAGAUCAGGAAACGGUAGUGGAUUUCACUACGUACGACAACAUGAAUCGGAACACACUUCACACCGCACAGGACAACUUGGGGAUACGAAAGGUGCUGAGCCCUUCCUCGUCUCGUCACAACACAACACAUCGCUGGUCAACGUUUGCUUGGUUCCUCUCGUUGCGGGUUUUAAGUCUGGGCAAUGGCUGUGCCUCCACGUCUAAGGAAGAGCGUUGUUGUGAGAGGCUAAACAAACACGUGCACUGGACGAACAGAGGAUGGGCCGAGGAAACAGGGACAUGCCGACGUUGCUACACUACACAUUGCUAUACGCCGAGCAGCCUACACCACAAUUGGUGGAACCGGUUUGAGGAGUACCGCAGCUGGGAGCUUGUUAUUCAUGGCUUGUCGGUCUGCAUGACGGAUAGAUAGACCACUGACUUUUUCAUGGAGUUUGUGCCUUGGAAUCAAAGUGAGCACUCAAUUGAGAGUCCACGGGUCAUGUCGGGGCACUACUGCGUGAUCA